GAUCAGACAAGUUGAGGCUGGUGAUGAUACUUUUAUGUGUCGCUGUCGGAAAAAACGUAAUGGUGAGUCCUUGAUUUGCUGCUACAUACAAACCAAACUUAAUGGUGAAUCUUGAUUUGGUACAGUAGAAAAAAAUAACUUAUUGGCAGGUCUUGUUUCCUCACAGUCAAAAAUUGUAAUAAUGUUUUUCUUUUCUUUUUUUUUUUCUUUUUUUUUCUUUUUGUUUUGGUCAUAAUCUAAUGAUCAGACAUUUCAUAGCUCAGCCUAAAAGAUAUACUUUUUUAAAAAUCUUUAUAUUACCUUAGUUUUAUUUGGUGUUUUUAUGUGCUUAAUUCAUAAUUUCGAACGGCUAAUUGACCCACUUUCCAUCAUAAAAUCGAAAUCCAACAUAGACCAUAGAGUCGUGACUAACAACGACACAUUUUGUCAUAUUUUCAGCCCCGCUCCCCAUCAUUAACCCCCCCCCCCUCAAGAAUCUGUUCAAUGGUUACGUGAUUUUUAUUUUUUUGUGUGGAGAUUUAAUUGUGUAGCUCUAGCUAUUUGCUUAUGUAUUAUGUCUUAUUUGUGUAUGCAAUCAAAUUAAAAAUGAAUUUUUUGAGGGAGAAAAUGUUAAAAAUAUGGCACGGGAUUUCACCAGAAUUAAAAUCAAUUACAUAACCGCUUCUUAAUAACACGUAAAUCGCGCAUAAUUAAAUAAAUUCAAUAAAUCUUCAUAUAACGUAUUUAUACGAAAAACAUUGUCCUUAUGGGUUAUUUAAAUGUUAUAUUCUUUUUUAUUAGAAGGUUGGGGGUUAUUUUCGGCAAUUUACAGAUUGUUUUUAAACAGUGAAGCGGGCGGGAAAAAACAAAAAAAACGUUGUUCUUCCCAAGGAGUAACUUGUUCAAGUUUCCCUUUUUGUACAAGAUGAUUACCUACCACACUCCAUGUUACGGCCAGCUUUCCACGGGAUCAUUUUAAAAUUUCACAAACAAGUGUGCUAUGACAUUAACUUCCGAUUAGUUCUCCUCAUCCAGUGUGGCGGCUGCCAUUAUCCGGGGGCGUGCAAGAGGAACGAAAUAUGCCUUAGUAUUUUGAUGACCUUAACCACUUCCCAAGAUUUCUGUAAGAACGUCGACGACUACUCACACACCUUCAGGACUCGUUCGCCAGGUGACUGAAUGCAAGACAAUCUGUAAAGGGCAGAUAAAAAUGUGAUAAAAAAGAAGUACACUACCACCACCCCCCCCCCUUAUAAUUGCUGUCACAUUUUAUUUUGUUAAAAUAACUAAAUGUUAAAUUUGAAAUUAUUUCCCUCUCCCCCUGCUGGCCUAAAUGCAUUCGAAAUCAAGUCUUAUGUGUACGUGUCCACACUAAAACACCAUUUGAACAUAUGUUCAUACAAAUAAAAACCAUCACGAGUGGGUUUUUUGUUGAGUAUUUUAAGAAAGUGUUUAUUAUUUAUUUUGUUCUAAAUUAAAAAAAAAUAUUUAAAAAAACGUUUUCUGUUAGUUAAAUCCCCGUCUCUUGGAGCUGUCUUAACUCAGGGAAUUUUAAUUACAAUUUACUAAAACAUAGCCACACAGGUGUUUGUGGAAUUGUUCAUGGAGGUUAAGGUGAUAUCACAUGGUGGGUUCCAUCACAGGGGUUUAAUGUUUAGGAUUUAACUCGUUCGAGGUCUUGAGUCUUUUUUAAACUGUAAGAUACUAAUAAAUGUAUCAAACUUUAUACUAUUAUCGAUUCAUGUCGGCUUCUUUUAAACUAACAUUUUGUGUGUUCGUAUUUUUAGUUAUACUUCUGGACAAGAUCUUUGUUUAUAUCUCCUGAAUGCUUUCUCUAGCAAUGAUCGAAAACUGGAGAAUAAUACACCCAUUUAUUUUCAUCUUUUCUCAAAGCAAAGCAGCUCUCGUUAAAAGUUAAAUAUUAAAUUUCUUCAAAAUGUUCAAACUUAUUAUUCUUAGUUAGCUUGAGUUAUCGCCGUACAAAACACUAAGAAAUCAACUUCUCUUGUUUGAAAUAUAAUAUAUCGUUCCUUGUGUAUGUUUGAAAAUUGUAUACUAAAAAAAAACUACUGAUCAAAGAGAGAAAAACGUUUGUCAAAUGUGUUUUCUAUAAUCAUUAGCUUGAACAUAGACUAUGUCAAUUGAUCGUAUAAAAUCAGAUGGCAGCGACGAGCAAAAGUAAUAAUUAAACCAAAAAAAAAAAAAAAUAUUUACAGUUUUGACAAGUGUCAUGGUCUUGCAUUUUGGCAAGGUCGGUCAAAAACAAGUAAUGAAUGUAUUGAUUGGUGCCCAACAAUGAACGAUAGCUGUCCUCAUUGUAAUCGAAUCAUAGCUAUCAAAACAGAUGCACAUUUUUUUUUUUAAAUGAAUUUUUAUCUUCUGAAGUUAUUUAUGGCAUUCCUUUAACAGAUGAAGGAUACUAUGUCCGGGAAUGUGUUUUAGACGUCUAAGGGAUAUAGCGGAAAAGUAUAAAUUUGCCAAAAAUCUUGCAAGUUUCUUUUAAGGCUAUGUAUAAGUUAUAACUAUUGCCCUUUAUGGACCAGUUGCCUCAAACAAUUUACAGAUUUUAAAGGUUACAUUGACUAUGCCUCUAAACUAUUGUAUACUCCUAACCAAGAUGAAUGUUUGUUUUUUUAAUUUUUUUUUUAUCUUGUCCUUUACCUAGGCUUUAUCUGCGAUGACAGCGCACAGUGCAUCGAUGGAUGUUGUAUGAAGCAAGGUCUUUAUAAUUUGAGAUAUAUUACAAUAUGUAGCAACCCCAAACUUUUUAAGAAAAAUAGCUUUCAAGUAUGCGUAGCCAAAAAGAGAAAUUAACCAGUAUGCUGUAGCAGAGACUGAGUGGAAUAUGCCUUCUAAUAAACCACGUGUUUGUGUUUUGUUUGCGUUUUGUUUUGCAAUUUUUUUUUCUGAUUGAUUUGUGUUUUGUUUUGAUUUCGACUGUAAAACUAGACAAUAAACUUCUUCGUAAUUCAUCAUCCUAGCAGUAACAUAAAAUUAGAAAUUAAACUUUUAGCAAAAUGUAAUGACCCUUGACAAAUUAGCGAUCUCAACCCCAAAGCAAAUCGGUUUGUUUAAAAGGUUAACAAUUCUGAAAUAUUUUUUUAAAAUUUUGAGAUUGUAAGAUACUCUUUGAUUGGUAUUCAACUUUAUGGUCAUGCUAAACACAUCUUUCGUUCCCUAUUUUUUUGUUUUAUCAUUGGAAAAUUAUUUAUUUAUAUACAUACAAACAUAUAUAAACACAUACAAAUGCGAUUACGAAAACAUAUAAAUACGAUUCAUAGGAAAACCGUAGUGGAUUAUCAAACAUAUAACUCAAAAUAAAGGGAAACAUGAAAAUACAACCCCCCCCCCCCCACUUCUUCCCAACCUCCAAGUCUAAGGUGUAUCAAAUAUUUACCUCGCCAUUUUAUUAAACAGCAGAGUAAGAGUGUGGUCUUUGCUGCCUGGGAAAGCAUAGACCAUUUAUAAAAAAAAAAUAUAAUUUAAAAAACCCAUUAUAGCCAGCUCAACCAGAGACAAAUCUAUAGAACUAGCCACCUAGCGUGUAUAUAUAUAUAUAUUUCCAACAGCGAAACCUAAGCAUCGGUGAGCUGUUCAGACAUCCUUCAACAGCUGGUGGUGGUAAAUGUUAAGUAUGGAUUGUACUUUUCACUCACCAUUGAACGUUUCGAUUACUGCCUUGUCCCUGAUACCAACAGAAUUAAUGCAUUGCAGCACUUAGAUCGAAUACAUAGAUACGCAACAUCCCUUUAGAUACAAAUUAAUAUUAGUCGUUGAUAGUGUUUGAAUUGGCGCAAUUUAAAGAUAUAAUCGAGAAAAAAGUGUUUAAUUUGACAAUAAUUAAAUAUAAUUAUGACUAAACUAUUUGUUUUGUUGGUUUUUUGUUUAUUUCACACGGAUUUUUGGACCUUGUCAUAGUGUCCAAAUAUAUUUCAUUAACAAAACUCCAAAUGCUAUGAGAUUUAAAUACUAAAAAUAAGAGAGGCGCAAUUGUGUCAUCCAAUGUACUGCAUAGGCCUAUGACAUAUUAUAUAUAAGAAAACUAAACUUAAAAUAGGACACUUAUCCAACUGUAAAGCAUAAUGUGCGCUAAGGAAACACUAAUCAAAUAAUUUUCAUUUGGGAAAAAAAUAAAAGGAGGUAAUAUAUUUUAUCAAAUUUGUUAAAAGAAUUUCAUGGCUUAAUCCCCUUUACAGAGUUAAAGUAAUUUUUUUUUUAAAUUAUCAAAAUCUAUCAUCUAUUUUAAACUAUUUAGUUUAUUUAUCACCAUGAUUUGGUCGGCAUCUGAAAUCCGUGUGAAAUAAAUUAGUCAUAAAUUUGUUGUAUAAGGUUCAAAUUAUAUACCUUUAAUUUGGCGUUUAAGUUCGCAUUGUUCAUGAAAUGUGUUUUUAUUUGUUUAAUCUGAUGAGUGUAUUUACUUAUUUCAAUUUGGC